ACGAUCUGCACCUGCGCGGCUCCGCCUCUCGUGGCUGGUUGUGGGCGUCACCAUUUCUGUUGGCGUCUCGCUGUGCAGGCAACGUCUAAAGCAGCGCUUCGACCAUGUCACACCAGACAGGAAUACCCGCUACUCGGGAGCUAAAGGAUUUCUUUGCAAAGGCCCGCAAUGGAUCUAUUCGUGUUAUGAAGGUCAUAAUCAAAGAUGAACAGUUAGUAUUGGGGAUGUACAAAGAGCCGUCACAGACAUGGGACAGAGACUACGACAAUUUUAUUCUUCCCUUGUUGGAGGACUUGCAGCCGUGCUACAUUCUUUAUCGUCUUGACAGCCAGAAUGCACAGGGUUAUGAAUGGCUCUUUAUUUCCUGGUCACCUGACUAUUCCCCAGUCAGACAAAAGAUGUUAUAUGCAGCAACUAGGGCGACUGUGAAAAAAGAGUUUGGCGGAGGACACAUUAAGGAUGAGUUGUUUGGAACAAUAGAGGAGGACAUUUGUUUAGGUGGUUACCAGAAACACAUCCAGUCCCGCUUGGGACCAGCACCACUUACUGCAGCUGAGGAGGAACUAAAGCAGAUUAAGAUUAAUGAGGUAAAGACUGAGAUCAGUGUCCAAAGUAAACAGCAGACAAUGCAAGGUAUUGCAUUUCCAAUCCAGGAAAAUGCCAUCACAGCCAUUCUCUUACUUAAGGAGAAGAAGAUAAAUUACAUCCAACUGAAACUAGACAUAGAGAAGGAAACCAUUAACCUGGUGCAUACUGAUGUAACUGACAUACUUGACUUGCCAAAGAGGAUCCCCAAUAAUGCUGCUCGUUACCAUUUCUUCCUAUACAAACAUACACAUGAAGGCGAUUAUUUAGAGUCUGUUGUGUUUAUCUACUCCAUGCCAGGGUAUAAAUGUGGUAUUAAAGAUCGAAUGCUCUACUCCAGCUGUAAAGGACCUCUGUUGGAUGUGGUAGAGCAGCAACUGCAGCUGAAAGUUGUCAAAAAGAUCGAGAUAGACAAUGGUGAAGAGCUAACACCAGACUUUCUUUAUGAAGAGGUCCACCCUAAACAGCAUGCCUUCAAACAAGCCUUUGCAAAGCCCAAAGGGCCAGCAGGAAAACGUGGACAGAAACGAAUUAUUAAAGGAACUGCAGAGGCUGAAAAUGGAGAGGACUUUUAAAUUGCAGUCACCAAUGAGCGACAUUGAACUUUUUAUUCUAACACUAAAUUUAAAAAUUAUGACAGAAUAUUAAUUUACAUUGGUUAAACCUCUUAACAUAUACCUUUGUCUCCCAAAAUACAAUAAGCACCUUUUUGAUUUUUUAAAAAUGUGUAUGCCCAAAGCUUGUUACAAAUCUUUUGGGGAAGUUUUUUUUAAUCUGUACAAAGACUAUCAUGUCAUCAUCUUACAAAUGAGAAAUUGAUUAGCAAUGUUUUCUACUAUCACUGUGCAAACACUGCGUUGUUUACUCGGCAACAGAACUAUUGGGCUAUUUACCUACUGACACAAAAUCCACUACCAACUACAAUGACAGCUAACAUAAAGGAAGAAACUUGCAAGUUAUCAGAUUCCCACAAAGCGCAGGUCAGUGUGAUGUUUUCAAGAUAUGACCAAAAGCAUCAAAACAUAAUGCUUAAUUUGAAGGACUAUGGGUGAAAAAUGCAAUUAUUUCUUUCCCAACACUAUGUGCUAUCCACAUUCAGAAGUGCUAUCAAAAUUUGCAUUACUUGUUUUUAUGCAACGUAAUCAGAUUUGAAAACUUUAAAUAUCAGAGUCCUGGGAAAUGAUUAUCUGUAAGGUUGGUGUCCUGGCCAGAAGUAGACCACAGAGGGUCCAAUUGCAUACUGCCUUGACACUGCCACGGGGAUCAGAUAUUUUAUCCCUGCACCAGAUUGAUACCAAGUUAUUCUGUAACACAGUGAAUUAACCUCAUACUCUUCCACAAGAUAGUGAGGGAAUUGGGAUAUAUAACCAUAAUUGUUUACUGUAGAAAAUAGCCACAUAGACCCUCACCAGAAUCCAAAAUUUAAUUCAGUGUCUGCUCUUUAGCUCUUCACAGCUCCCACUCUACCCUUCAACUUUGUAUGUUUUGGCUACUUUUCUGAUUUAUUUCUGAAGGGACUGGUGCCCAAUAAGCCAGUUUGGCUCGUCAUUCUUAUUUACAUUUUGUAUAGAUAUAGAACUCUCUGCACAAGGAAAACAAGAAAUUGGAUCACAACAUUCACCUGAAUUUGAACUCAAACCUAAUUCCUAAUUGAGAAUCUGUGUUGUUUUUGUUGAAGUUCCUGUACUGUAAGUGAAUACGCAUAAUGCACUUUGCUUUGGUGUAGCUGUGAACAGGGCAAGUGUCUGAACUUACAGCUGUAGUGUCUGUAGAACUAAAACCACGGUACAUGUACAAGUGAUUCAGAUAGAUCCAGAGAUGAAUUGAAUUAACAGUAACUAGAGAGGCUUUUUUCUGCACCUGUCUCUGGCAUUUCCUUUCAGUGGGAAUUUUGAUUAUUUCUCAAUGACAAUAAAUGAACUUUAACUUG